GUAACCCAUCUUUCCUAAUUUAAAAACGCACAAAGCGAAUUGCUGCAGCUCACGAAAGAAAAAAGGAAAGCAAGCCACCCACCAGAAAGAAUCAAACAGCAUAGUCUGCUCCUCCUGCUUUACCACUCUCACAAGAACACAGGAACAAGAAAACAGGAGAGAGAGAGAGAGAGAGAGAGAGAGCUUGCAGAAAUAAUGGCGUCAGGUGAGUUCGUCUGUUCGUUCCGUCCCUGAGAGAGAGAGAGAGAGAGAUAUGCAGAAACGCAAGGUGAGAGUGUUGCUGCGGCUGAGGAAGGUGUUAACGUGCGCCAUAUGCGCGAUAUCCCUGGUGGCUUUGCUCUCUGUGCACGUCCACGUCUUCCCUUCCUCAAAAGUUCCGGGACAUUCCGACUCCUACAAGCUUCCUACGCAACAUGAAAUUGUGUAUCAAAUGUUGAGCACUGAGGUAAGGUGGACACAUGAGUCUGCACCACCCCAUUUGCCGAAAGAUCCUCUGCCUUCUCGCAAGUUGGGUGCUGCAAGUGGAAAAUUGGAUUUUGACAAGCUAUGGAAACCUCCAACAAAUCGCAAUCUCGUGCCCUGUGUUGAUCCCAGUCCUUCCUAUGCAUUUCCUCCAGAGGCGCAAGGUUACCUACUUGUUCAUGCAAAUGGUGGGCUCAACCAAAUGCGAGCUGGGAUAUGUGACAUGGUAGCCGUUGCUCGUAUCAUAAAUGCCACUCUUGUAAUACCAGAGCUUGAUAAACAAUCAUUUUGGCAGGACACUAGCAAUUUCUCUGAUGUCUUUGAUGAAUAUCAUUUUAUUAGUGCUCUGGCUAAUGAUGUGAAAGUCAUAAAAAAGCUUCCUAAAGUACUGGCAACUGCUACUAGAGCAGUUAAGCAUUUUAGAAGCUGGUCUGGUAUGGACUACUACCAAAAUGAAAUAGCUAGCAUGUGGGAAGAUUAUCAGGUUAUUCGAGCAGCGAAGUCUGACUCACGCUUGGCAAAUAAUAAUCUGCCUCCAGACAUUCAGAAACUUCGCUGCCGUGCUUGUUAUGAGGCUCUCCGUUUUGCCCCCCAAAUUGAAGCAUUAGGAAAGUUGUUGGUUGAUCGUAUGAGGUCUUAUGGUCCUUAUAUAGCCUUGCAUUUACGUUAUGAGAAGGACAUGCUAGCCUUUAGUGGCUGCACACAUGGUCUGUCUGCAGUUGAAGCUGAUGAACUAAGGACAAUCAGGGAGAAAACUGUGUAUUGGAAAGUAAAAGAUAUCGAUUCCGAGGAACAGAGAUCCAAAGGGUAUUGCCCCUUAACUCCAAAGGAGGUUGGCAUGUUCUUGACUGCUUUGAGGUACCCAUCAAGCACCCCCAUAUAUAUUGCUGCUGGAGAGAUAUAUGGAGGUGACUCUCAUAUGGGUGAUCUGCGGUUGCGCUAUCCCAUAUUAAUGAGCAAGGAAAAAUUGUUAUCUGUUGAUGAGCUUGAACCUUUUACCAACUAUGCGUCUCAAAUGGCUGCACUUGACUACAUUGUGUCAGUUGAGAGUGAUGUAUUUAUUCCUUCAUACUCUGGAAAUAUGGCAAGGGCAGUUGAAGGUCACCGGCGUUUUCUUGGACAUAGGAAAACAAUUUCUCCUGACAGGAAAGCACUCAUUCAUUUGUUCGAUAAAAUUGAGCGGGGAUCAAUGAAGGAAGGUGAAAAGCUGUCAAAUCGAAUUAUUGAACUCCACAAAAGACGGCAGGGGUCACCGCGGAAGCGAAAAGGCCCCAUCUCGGGAACAAAGGGCAUGGAUAGGUUCCGAUCAGAAGAGGCAUUCUAUGUGAAUCCUUUGCCUGAUUGUUUAUGUAGGAAAGGAUCUCCUAGUAUAAACACCUCAGUCGCUAGCAGAUAGACAAUAUCCAGCAGUCCAGAUUGGCUGGAGAGAGUAGUGUCCCCAUGCUGGGAUGGUUUAGUGGCUCACAGUUCGUUCCUUUUUAUUGGGGCUUCAGAAUGGGAUGGUGCUGCCACAGGAAUUGAGCUGCGGAUUUUGUACAUGCUGAGUUUUUUAAACUUAUAUACAGGGGCAGGUGUGUGUGUGUGUUGGGGUGGAAAGGAAGGUAUAAUCUCUUAAAGCAAGGAAGAGGGAUUAAGGGGUGUUGGAGACGAGGCCUAGAUUUUCAGUUUGCAUCAUUGAGGCACUAUGGCACGACUCUUCAGAAGCUGGCCGGAAAUCAAUGGGGAUAUCAGUACACGAUUCCAGCAGCUGCUGGAAAUAACUUGGUUGAUGUAGUGUAUCUGUUUCAUUCUUCAUUGGUUGCAAUAAAAGGAAAACUUACUGUUUCCCUUCGGCAUCAUUUUGUAUAUCAGCUUUUUUUCUUGUCUA